ACAACGUCGCGGGCGCGGGGCAGCGCUGCUACGCCACGGAACGGACGGAACGGAGAGUGACUCAUCGACGGCUGUCGCAAGCCGCCGAGUGCGACUCACGCAGGGAACAGAACGCUCCCUGCCGUCGUACCGUGCGCCUCGCGCUCUCAUGUGCCUCGGAUUGAUCUCGACCCUUCUCGAACUACUCGCAUCGUCGACGUCUACUCCGAAGGAUUCACGAAACGCGAUCGAACUCCUCCUGCACUGACCGAUCGACCGACGACACUUUUUGCAACAGGUAUGUCGUGCGGAGCGUCGCUAGCGCUGGACUCCCGGCCGCGUCUGCAACUGCAGCUGCCGUCUUCGCCCUCAACCUCGCCGUCGGCGUCAGCGGCGCCGCGUCGCCGUCGCUCGUCGUGCAGCGCCGUGCGACUCGUGACGCCCGGCGAGCUGGUCGACUCGUGGCAGCGCCGGCGGCGGCUGCUGCUCGUCGACUGCCGGCCGUUCCUGAGCUUCAACGCGGGGCGCAUCCGGUCGGCGGUGAACGUCAACUGCGGCGACCGCAUCACGCGGCGUCGCCUGCAGCAGGGCCGGCUCGCCCUGUGGGACCUGGUCGCCUGCCGGCAGGCCCGCGACCAGCUGCGACAGGCGCGGGACAUCGUCGUCUACGACGACUGCACGGGAGACCUGGAGUCGCCGCAGCCGAGCUCGUCGCUGGCGCUCGUGCUCGCCGUGCUCUGCCAGAACGGCGCCACGCCCGCCGUGCUAAAGGGUGGCUUUCGGGAGUUCCAGCGGCAGUUUGCCCACGAGUGCACGAGCAGCGCCGCGCCACCUUGCGUCGAGUCCGAGGCGGUGCGCGACGUGUCGCAGUGGCCCGCGACGUGCGUGCUACCUUUCCUGUUGCUGGGCAACGAGCGUGACGCCCGAGACGCCGAGCUGCUGCGGAGGCUGGGCGUCGGCUACGUGCUCCACGUGACGCCGGCACUGCAGCAAACCAACGGCGUUACUCCCGCCAACUCCGUUACUCCCGCCAACUCCGUUACUCCCGCCAACACGGCGGGAGUACAGCAGGAGCACUGUCCGGGACUACGUUGCAAGCGCCUGCCAGCGUCGGACAGCUGUCACCAGAACCUGAAGCAGUUCUUCGACGACGCCUUCCAGUUCUUAGACGAGGCGCAUGCGAGCGGUAGCCGCGUGCUGGUGCACUGCCACGCGGGCGUGUCGCGAUCUCCGACGAUCACCGUGGCCUACCUGAUGCACCACCUGCGACUGCCCCUGGUGGACGCGUACCGCUACCUCAAGGCCAAGCGACCCAUCAUCUCGCCCAACCUCAACUUCAUGGGACAGCUGGUCGAGCUGGAACAGAAGCUCGCCCUGAACGAGCAUCAACAGCCCUGCGUGCAGUGCUGCCGCGCGUCGGCCACCUUGCUCGAACUGCUCGCCGCCGAGCCGUCUUCGACGGCUGGCGUCUGAGAGCGCAAAGUUACCUUCCUAGGGACCAAUCCGGUGCCUUCGACGUGCUCCCCCAUCAGCCUUCUUCAAUUUGUGCGUGUUUUCGUGUGCGGCUUUAGUCAUUUAAGGCAGAGAAAAACUAAGCCACGCUGCAUUUGUGCCCAAGAUACUGCUUAAACCACUUUUUGGUUGUGAUACGUUACUGGUUCCAUAGGCGUGUGCAGCGUUCCCCAUCAAGGAAAGGAAACUUCUAUCACAGAGCGCCCUCCUGACCCCCCUCGCGCGCAUGCCUUGGACUCGUUCCAUCUGCGAAGAAGGUACUACGCAUCUUGCUCAGUCAGAAUACAUACGCUACACUGCCAACGACAGACCAACGAUGAUGAAAAAAAGUCUAUGCAAAAAAAAAAAAAGAGGAAAGACUGGACUUUCAGAGGCAGCCGAGUGCUGCGUGACCUUCUAGUCUGCCUGCUACAAGUGCCAGGAAGGACAUGUGGUGUCGUGACGUACUUUUUUUUUUUUCAGUGUGCUGUUUGUACUCCAGUGUGAAAUCUUGCUCAGUCGAACUUCUCGUCGUACAUUUAACUUAAGAUAAAUAUUUUGGCAGCGACCCUUCGAAGGCUACAAUAAACGUCAUUCUCCGUA